AUGAACAACAGACCUCUGCAGAAUCGAACGGCGCUGAUCACUGGCGCAUCGUCAGGAAUCGGCCGCGCCCUGGCAUUCGAAUAUGCUCGGGCGGGCGCGAACCUCGUGUUGGUCGCGCGCAGGCUGAACCGGCUUGACCAACUGAGCAAAGAGCUGACUGAAAAACACGCUAUCGAGGCCGUGGCCCUGGUGGCUGACCUAAGCGACUCGGCUGCGCCGGAGGACAUGGUUAGACAGUUAACAGAGCGCGAAAUAGACGUCGAUAUCCUGAUUAACAAUGCGGGCUACGGCGUGCCAGGGAAGUAUCUUUCUGUCGAUUGGCAGGUUCACCGCGAUUUCGAACAAGUAAUGACCAUCGCAGUGAUGCAUCUGACCUACUUGUUGCUACCCCAGAUGCUCGAUCGGGGGUGGGGCCGUGUGGUUAACAUUGCCUCGUUAGCCGGUCAUGUUCCAGGGUCAGCCGGUCACACCUGCUACGAGGCAGUGAAGGCAUGGAUGGUGCGCUUUAGUGAAUCGCUGCACUUCGAGUACGCGUCGAAGGGCGUGAUCACCACCGCGGUGUGUCCGGGGUUCACCUAUUCUGAGUUUCACGACGUGACCGGCACCCGCGAGCAAGUCAAUAAGAUGCACAAGCGCCUGUGGAUGACAGCAGCAGAAGUCGCCAGGCAAACACUCCAAGCCAGCGAGUCCGGUAAGGUGGUCCAUAUCACUGGCGGCUGGAACCGGUUGAUUGCCAGAGCAGUUCGGUGGGCACCUACCGGCCUGCUUUAUCGCGUGAUGAAGAAGCAAUCGAGCAAAUUUCGCAAGACCGAUUAA